CCUCAGUACAUCCAGAGAUAGUUAUCACUAUGCACAAGAUCAAACCAGGUCUAGUUGUCGAGCCUGCCAACGCGUCCCCAUCUCUAGCCGGAAUAAACGCAGAUGGAAUGACGGUGACACUAUCCGAUUUCGCGGUUACGGCUGGUCUGGAUGAGAAGAAUUUGCCCAGGACGCGCCUGGAGGUCGACAUCGAUGGCUUGACUGCUCAGAAGAGCGUUGGAGCGAAGGAUUCUGCCAAUAAGACACGGCUCCAGGCAAUCCAAAGCAUGAAAUUCACGAACGUCCGCCCUUCAUCGAUUCUCCACGUUCGCAUUCUCUAUAAGAGCCGCAUCGGGAGUAUCGGAAAUCGUGCUCUCGGAGAGUACGAGGGCUUAGUUAUCGAGCUUCUGCCGGAAGGCAGCACAGGGAAGACGAUCAAACUAGUACCCGUCGACUCAAAAGCCGAUCCCAUCGAGUGCUUCUUUCGCAUUGUCAUCGACGAUACCCCGCCUACGUUUCUCGACGACCUAGGACUCGACGCUGCCACGUCUUCUCUCGCAAACUCUCGUCUGACUCUUGCGCAGCGGGACGCUAGCAAGUUCACCUCCACGGUCUCUGGCACUGUGGAUACUGCGGUGUCUAUUGGCACCCAGGCUCAAUCAAUCGCUGAGGGUGCAAAGAAGCUCGACAGCGAGCAGGUCAUUGGGGUCUUGGUCGCAAUGUUGGACGCUGUGGUCAAAGUGGGGGACGAGCUAUCAACGGCCCAUCCGAUGAUCAAAGUCGCCUGGACUGUCGUAACCUGUCUCUACAAGGCUGCUAAGGCUCAGCAGGAGCUGGAUGCAGAUGCUCGACAGCUCGCGGAAGAGAUUUCUGCCAUGCUCGCCUACGUAGCCUCAUGCAAGGAUCUAGCACCAGUCGGUGGGAGAGAGAGUAUAGUCUUACGAGCUGUGGUAUUAACUCAAGAGGGGGCUUGCUUGAUAGACACAUGCAUGGCGCACCGAUUUGCAGCACGUGCAAUCGUAGCACCGUUCACCAAUAUGAAGACUCGUUUUGAAGAAUGUCGAAGAAAGGUGCGCGAAUUGCGACAAGAAUUCGACACCGCCGUCAUCGUUGAUACCCGGAAGGAAGUCCAGGACAGCAGGAAAGAAAGUGCUUCUGCAAGACAGGAAGCCGUGCUAUUACAGCUGCCCUUCGCCCGCGACGCAACUUGGAAUCAAAGCCGGGCCUGCAUGCGCGGAACUCGGACCUCUUUGCUGCAAAAUUUCUCGUCUUGGUUCGACACCGAGGAUGACAAAGCGAGCAUCUUCUGGCUCACUGCACCUCCCGGCGCAGGGAAGACUGCUUUUGCACAUACAGUCGCUUUCGAUGCAUCAUCCAGAGACGUCGUCCUUCUUUCGUUCUUCUUUGAGCGUGCUGUCAGCGAUAGGAACAACCCACGAGCCUUCGUAGGCACCCUCAUGCAUCUUCUCAGCGGCCUCAAUCCACAGUUCAAGGCCUCCAUGUGUAGCACUCUAGACGAGAAGCGAGAGCUUCCGUCUGCGCCACCUAUACGCCAGUUCAACGAACUUCUAGUACAUCACGCUUCAACCUUUGCCAAUCAGCGCAUACUGCUGAUCAUAGAUGCUUUGGAUGAAUGUUCGGAUUAUUAUGACGACCUCAUGACCAUUCUUCGCGACCAAAUUCCUGCACUUCCUCCGACAUUCCGUGUCUUCGUUACUUCCCGUCCGGAGAAGAUUCUCCUCCGCCGCUUGCGACCACUGCAGCAUGUUCGCCACAUCACAAUCGAGCUCGAGGAUGCCGAUAACCUGUCGGAUAUAUCGACCUACGUCCGUGAACGAUUUGCCACAAUUGCAAUCGAUCACGACUUGGACGGCUCCGAUUGGCCUGGCGACGAACGAUGUCACUCGUUCGUUGCAAAAGCUAGCGGUCUAUUCGCGUGGGCAUCUGUAGCUCUGGACUAUAUAGGGCGAGUCAAGCUCAUUGGACGAGAUGCGAAGCUCCAAGAGGUCCUCUCACAAAGCAGCACACGUGUCACACCCGUCCAGGAAAGGAUGGAUGAGCUAUACAUGACCGUCCUCGGGACGUGCAAAUGGGACGAUGACGAAUUUGUCCAAGGUUAUCAACUUGUUGUGGGCACUAUAGUUGCCUCACGGCAGCCCUUAUCGAAAUCGUCACUAGAACAUCUUCUAGGUGAUACAGCCGGUGUCGUCGCUGAAGUACUCAAUAUUCUUUCGCCACUUUUCACUGAGUGGAAGACGGAUGAUACACCGAUCCAGCUCCUCCACCUGACGCUCUAUGAUUUUCUCACACACCGGGAACGAUCAAAUAGAUACUUCAUCAAUGAGACUGAGCAUUCACGUCGGAUUGGUUUGCGAUGCUUAGGCAUUCUAACUGAGACAUUGAAGGAGGGAGUGCCCGGUUUGGGAUACUCUAAAUUCUGGGAUGAAUACAUCUUUCGACCCCUUCCGGUGGUUGAUGUGCCUGACAGUAUCGCGUAUGCAUGCCGAUUCUGGCUUGAACACAUCUGUCUCGUGCAAUCGCCUAUGGAGAAGCAGUACAUCGAUGCACUUGACGCAUUCUCUCCCUAUGUUAUCUCCUGGGUAGAGCUUGUAUGUCUUAGGAAUGUGUUUCCAGCUCUCACCAACCUGCGGCAAUGGGUUAUGGUUCAUCCUGUAUUACAAACCACAUCAAUUGCACAAAACCUUGCCUCCCCUAAUUUGGCGUGGUCUCUCCACAACCUCUCUAACCGGCUUAGAGAUAUCGGUCGUAGAGAGGACGCGUUAAGUGCAACAGAGGACGCGGUUCGCAUCUACCGCCAGCUCGCACAGGACCACCCUGAGGCAUUCAAUCCCGC